UGCGUGCCUCAAAAUAAAAUGGCGGACCACAGCUGCAUCAGAGGUUUGAAUUCGCCGCGGUUGUGGCUUUUUUCUGUGCAAUCUUUAAUCAAUUUGUGUUUGUCUUUUCUCGCGUUGAGAGCUGUAGUGGUCGAGGGUCAAACUGAAGAUGCAUUCCGAGCAGGAAAUACCGUUGUUUCACCGGUCGCUGCAGCAGCACGGGAUCUACGGUACCUGCUUUACGACAUCAACCCCCCAGAGGGUUUCAACCUGCGUCGGGAUGUGUACAUUCGCAUGGCAUCCCUGGUGAAGACCCUGAGGAGACACAGUGACUGGGUGCUGGUGCUGCCCCCCUGGGGACGUCUCUACCACUGGCAAAGCCCAGACAUCCACCAGAUCAGGAUCCCCUGGGGAGAGUUCUUCAGCCUCACCAGCCUGCAGGGCAACGUGCCUGUCAUAGAGUACGAGGAGUUUAUAGCUGAGUCUGGAGGCCCAUUUAUUGAACAGGUCCUGGUGCUACAGAACUACGCUGAAGGGUGGACUGACGGGAAAUGGGAGGAGAAAGUGGACGAGCGACCCUGCGUUGAGCGGUUAAUGUACUCCAAAGACAAACAGGGUUAUUACAGAGGCUGGUUUUGGGGCUAUGAGGAAACCAGGGGUGUGAACGUCACUUGUCUGUCAGCUCAGGGCCACGCCUCCAUCCUGGCACCACUCCUGCAGAACAACAUCACAUCAACAUCAGUGAUGUUGGACAAAGCAGAGACUGUCCUCCAUGAUCACUACGCAGGAAAGGACUACUGGGAUACUCGCCGCAGUAUGGUCUUUGCCAAACACCUGCGUCUCCUAGGGGACGAGUUUCGAGCAAAGUACCUGAACUCCACAGACGAGCUGGACCAGACCGUAUACAAUGAAGACUGGACUCGCAUUAAGAAUAAGCUGGGUUCUGCCAGAGGGGGGCCGUACUUGGGUGUCCACCUGAGAAGGAAGGAUUUUAUCUGGGGUCACAGAGAGGAUGUGCCCAGCCUCAAAGGAGCUGUCAAGAAGAUCAGGAACCUCAUGAAGAAAAGCAAACUAGACAGAGUCUUUGUUGCCACUGACGCAGAUGAGGAAGAGCUGGAGGAGCUGAAGAAGAUGUUACCAGAGAUGACACGCUUUGAGCCCACCUGGGAGGACCUGGAACUACUCAAGGACGGGGGCGUGGCUAUCAUCGACCAAUGGAUCUGCGCACAUGCCAGGUAUUUUAUCGGAACAUCUGUGUCGACCUUCUCUUUCCGGAUCCACGAGGAGAGAGAGAUUCUGGGAUUCGACCCCAAAACCACCUACAACCGCUUCUGUGGGGACAGUGAGAAGGAGUGUGAACAGCCUACACACUGGAAAAUAGUUUACUGAUGCAACGACGCAACACCCCUUUCAACACCUCUCAAUGAACAUGCCAAUUGCAGUGUUAACGUGGAGCUUUGUUCUUUUUAUAUAUAUAUAUAUAUAUGUUCUAAUAGUGUUUUUUUGUGUAAUGUUUUUAUUGUUUUGAGAAUUGUCCUAACUGGCCUGUAUUGACCACUGUGAAUAGACAAACAAACUUCGAAGACGUUUUAAAGGUCACCACUUUAUUUUCACUCGUUUGCACUCAUGUCUGCUAAAUUUACGUAUAUAAACCAUUGUUUUAUCAAUCAUGAUGGCAGCACCUAUGUGAAAAAUGAGCAUCAGAUUUGGCUGCAAUGCAUGGUAUAUAUUGCUGCCUUUUUUUGUGUAACAUGAAUUGAAAGAGCAGUGUCUUUCAUUUACUUCUGCCAAUUCAAAGUCUAUUUGGUUGUUUAUCUUCCUUAUUAUGCUGUACCAUAUUUGGUGAGCUUAUUAUGCUGUUCCAUAUUUGGUGAGCUUAUUAUGCUGUACCAUAUUUGGUGAGCUUAUUAUGCUGUACCAUAUUUGGUGAGCUUAUUAUGCUGUACCAUAUUUGGUGAGCUUAUUAUGCUGUACCAUAUUUGGUGAGCUUAUUAUGCUGUACCAUAUUUGGUGAGCUUGAGAAACCUUUUUUCUUUUUGUUUUGUUUUCCUUUGUGAAUAGCCUAUGAUAGAAACUUUGUUGCUUGGUUGACAUUUCAGUCUUCCAACAGAGAGAAGCAGAUAUAUGUGACUAAAUAUAGUAUGUUGAUGUGCCAUUUUUGUUCCACUUGAUCUGUUAAAGGUAAGUUCAAAGCCGCAUAGUGAACAUGGAUUGACCAGUUUAUUAUGGUGAAACCCCAAAUAUGAUCUAUAUGAUCAGAUAUCAACAGAACUUUGACAAGGAUUACAAUUACAGUAAGGUUUGUUCUUCAGACUACAUAUACUGAAUGGCAAUGCAUUUUAGUAUUUUUCCACUUGUAUGACUGUCAUUUAGGAAAUGAUUUAAUUUUAAACACGUUUCAAGACUAUCAAUCAGAGCACAUACCAUAUUUUCGCUGAUUACAUCAUCCUUUUUCUUUCCUUUUUCUUACAUCAAAAGGACUGCUGAGACUGACACAAAGCUAUCACCUGUCAAGAUGUUCUAAGGUGACCGUCAUUAAAGAGACUAUUUUCAAAGAA